AUGGUUUUAGUAUUCAAUAUUGUUUUUAACACUAGACUUUUUAGGCCAUGCCGCUGUCCACCGCGGUUGCGGAAGAUGUGUAAAGUGAAAAACACCGACUGCAAGGAUGUCUCAGAAAUCGUAGAAGCUCUCACGUAUGAGGCCGAAAGUGGCAGAAAAGUUAAAAAGUCAUCUAAACCGCCCAAGUUCAAAACUAAACCGUUCACACCGAGGCAUUAUAAGGAUACGUGUGUGCCUAUGGUUCCCUCUAUGCACACGAGAUUGCGCUACAUUGGCCACUGUCCCGUCGAACCACAUCGAGCAUCAGGUCCUAGAUCAAGUAAAGCCUACGACAAGUAUGACUUUGAAACGGCUUCAGAAGAUACGACGAGCGGUAUCUUGAGGACGGGGAGAGCAAAGAGGGACAAGUAUAAAAAGAAAGUCACGUAUUUCGAUCUGCUGCCUGGGGAUAUUAUGCUACCCACACCUGUUCCUGUCAUAAAGCAUUCGCCAUCAGACAAGUCUAUUUUAAAUGUACCUAGUCCUAAGAUCAGCGGUGAAGUGAUUCAAGCCCGUAGGGCCAGCGUCAAACCAGCAGACAUGGUUCCACCCGUACCGCCAAAAGCUGCAGACCAAUUAUUCAAGCCGCACAGCGGUAUCGUUAUCAACAGAGACAAAGAUUUUGUCCCUGAUGUAGUUCACGUGCCAGGCCCCAACAAAUUGCCAGGAGGCAAAAAGAAAAGGAAACCAUGCCAUAAAGGAGGUGUGUGCCUCAGAAAAACAUGCACAAGGAAGAAAUGUCGAAAAUAUGCAGCGAUGAGGCAGCGACAGAUGUCUCGAAGAAUGAAAAGCUCUCACUCAGAUGUACCUUUCACUACACUCGGAGUCACAGACGGAAAACCCCGAGCCAGGGGAACCCAAAAACACCUUAAAGACGACGACUCUAUUUGUGGUCUGGAUGAAAUACCCAGGCCUGAACAUGUGCAAAUACCAGCUAAUCUGAAGCGUGGGACACUGCAAACGCAUUCCCUCACAGUGAUACCCUGCACCAAAGAGAGGAGACCAGAUAUCCACUAUGGAAUCCUCACCGGCUCUUUCAACAUGUACGAUGCUAAAUUCGGAGGAAGAUCUCGAGGCAGACAAGCGUUAACCAUGAGCGUUAUGGCGUAUUGCUUGGCUUUCCACUACCAUCCAAAGCAAUGGACAAUGAAGCUCGUUGAUAAUUUGGUUGACGCUGGCGACCAAUGGUAUUUACAAUGUCUAGAUAAAGUUCACGAUCAUUCCGCUGUACAAGGAAUGUGUGAAGUUUUACCAUUUGGGAAGAAGCAGACUCUAGUUUUGAACGGGAAAAAAAUGCAAGUGUUAUUAGGAGAACCGGAUUUCGUUGGCUAUACCAUGUCUUUAGACCCUACCGUUUAUAACUUAUGUAGGGGUUUGAAGGCUUUCUUCAAGGACAAUCGAGCUGGCGUCUUGUUGACCAGGGUACUGAAAGUUGUGAUAUGGAAGGACAAAGUAUGCUACUACAUUUUCGACCCAGCCGGAAGAGACUCGAGAGCAUAUUCCAAUUUUACCAAUGGUUGUGCUGCACUGGUUAAUGUCAAAGAUUUGGAUUCGGUAUGCGAAGUGUUACUAGCUCGUAGCGUAGUUGAAGAUCAAAAAUUCGUGCUAGCAACUGUAAAAGUUCUGAAAAUGGUGGAUGAAAAAUGUGACGAAGAUUUGGAAUCUGAUAAAGAGCUUACACAAGCAGAAAAAGCAAUGAUGGGCUACAGAAUUCUAAACGAAAACUGUGCCAUUGUCAAUGCAAACAUGCAUUUAGGUGAUCGAUGUUUCGAAGAUGCGAAAUACAGACAAGCUUUGACCAUAGCCGUUGCUGCAAUGACUUAUGCCAAAAUAUCGCCACCAAAUACUUGGUUUACGAAGACACUGGACAAAAUUUUACGUCUGGGCAACAAACUUUACGUAGAUUGUGCACAUCCCAAAGUCAUGAUUGAUUUGACGAUAGACAACAUCCCCAACGAAAUUUCUAUCGGACCAUACGCGUGUGAGAUAAUCAUAUACAGAGAGAGGGUGAAAGGUCAGUUGUUUACGACCAAAGAAUGCUUGCUAAACAUUAGGACAGGCUUAGAAGAAUUUUUCAGCCACGAAUAUAACAGUGGUAUACUGGAUUUCAAUAACUAUGCUGUGGCUGUGUGGCGGCAGAAAGACAUGUUUUACUUGUUCGAUCCCUACCCUCGUACAAACGAUGGGCUGAGAUCGGUGAAGACGGGGAGAGCUUGUUGCUUGAUGCUUUUAAACGCUGACACAAUGGCCACCGUCUUCACCAAAAACUGGGACUACCUACCAGCUACGACGCAGUUCUACAUCCAUGCUUUUAAAGUGUUGAAGCUAAAGAAAAAAGAGCCGAAGACGCAAAUAGUGUGUACAUUGAGUGACGAUAAUCUACCCGGCGCGAAGGGGAAAGUGAAAAGGAAAGUGUUGCCAAUGAGUCAAGCUCAGGGCGAUGGCGGAGAGUUAUUCCAUGAUGUCUUGCCGAUGGAUGAUUAUGACGAAAAGCCUCUUGGGGUAGCCCAUGUGGAUGAAGAGCAAAUGGGUGACAUCGUCUCCUUAGUAGACAGCAUACAAGAAGAUUAUCUGCCUCCGAUUCCUCUAAGAUACAAGAAUAUGGCACCAGAACCAUUAGAGCCGAAAGUCGUCAAUUUGGACUCGCCGACGGUGUCGGUGACCCAAGUGGUGCCUCCUUGGCCGAAGCCGCGAGAUAAGACCAACGAACCUCCUGAACCUGAUCCAGACCCUGAACCCACUCCUCCGCCCACACCACCUCCACCUGUGAUACCAGAAGGUGGGCUACCAGAAGAGGAAGAAGCAGCAGAAGAAGAGGAAGACGAAGAAACAAUGAAGAGGAAGAAAGAAGAAGAGGCUCAAAGAAAGGCUGAGGAGGAAGAAGCUCGUAGAAAGGCAGAGGAGCUACCGCCGCCGCUGCCGCCGCCGCCGCCGUCACCGCAGCCCGAGCCCGAAGUACCCCUCGCUGCACCUAUUCAAGUAAUUGAAGAUGAAGUACAAACAGUACAACCAGUGAAUGUAGAUCGCCGGAUUCUUCUCACAGAAGACGCAAGAUACAGGUUCAAAUUGAGACAGUUACGGAAAAAGUCGACGCCACCUCUAACAGAGGACCAAGUCGAAAUGUCUCCCUCCCAAGAACUAGCUCAGCCCAGCAAUUUCAAGAACUUGCCUGACAAUACGCAAAUUAUCAGAGGCACAUCAGGAAUAUCUGAUCAAGGCGGGCUGGAAAUUCUGCCCUUCGCUUCAAUCAUGGCCAUCGUGACGUCAUACAAAUACUCCAUAAACACGUGGACCCCAGGGAUAGUCAAUUUCGUGGUCGACACCGCUAAUAAGUUAUACAACAAUAAACAAGAGAAGUUCCAGCUUGCGCCUGCGCAUAUUAUUCCUAAGAUUGCUAUAGGACAUCAGGCCUACCAUGCCAAUAUCGACGUGGUGGGGGAAGGAGCCACUUGGCAAUUGGAAGACGUACUGACUCGCAAGUACUUUGUAAAGUACGACAGAGGCAUGAUAACAACGACCAACUACAGCUGCGCGUUUUUCAAGAGAUCCGGAUUGUACUACCUAUUCGAUGGCAGUAACUGCAAUGCUAUGGGAAUAAGACUUGAGGAAAAAGCGAAGACUAAGGGAAAAGCGUGCAUGCUACGAUUCCAUAAUCUACAUGACCUUGUGAGCAGAGUUCUAUAUAACAAGGACGGAAAAACAGAAGACCAGCAAUUCAUAUUAAGCCGAAUUUUGGUUCGUCGACUCCUAACAGAAGCUCGUCAGAAGUUGCCAGAGGAUUACGACUUCGCGACCGGCCGACCGAAAUCCGCUAAAUCGAAACCGACCUUCGUCACUCCGCCUAAAGGAGAUAAAAAGAGCUCCAUAGAAGCGUCAGACCCCAAAAGCCAAACUAUCGUUGGAUAUCAGCAGGUUGCAGGUGGAUACAGGAUUGAAGGAACCACUUCACUUACAGAUAGAAAAGCGAGCAGUGACGUCAAAUCAUGCCACUUCGUCAGCCUAAUGGCAAUGUUAAUGGCCGCGAUGCAUCCCAUCAGAACGUGGGACCAUGUCAUGGUAGACACCUGCAUAGAGAAAGGACUCGAAAUACACGAAAAAGCAACAAACCUAAACGUAUGUGAAAAGAGAGUAAUCAAAAACGUUAUAUUGGAUGGCAAGUUUAUCAACAUAAACAUUAAAAAGAUAACUGUAGUGAACGAAAACCCGGAAAAGAGACUUGAACAAUAUUUGAAGGCUGUAUUGAGACGACUUCGGUAUGUGAUCAUAAGAUUUCCACCGUGCAGUUUGGUGAUUUGUCAAACUGAGGGAUAUUAUCAUCUCUUUGAUCCGUAUGCAUCAGCCGCGCCGGAGGAACCAAAAAAAGAAGGUGAAGCUAAAAAGAAAGACGCGGAACCGAAAAGAAAAGCGAACCCAGUCGCUUCGUGGACAUUGUAUCGAUCAAUGGACGCUUUAAUACAGCGAAUAAAAAAAAUCGUGCCGGGAUGCCCCGGGACAACUGAUAACCCAGAAUUCUAUACAUUUGAGUUAACAUCUGUCAAGACAGCUCCGAGACACUCUGCGAUGAACUACCGACUGAGUCCACUAUUCAGACCGGAUGAUAACCCUAACUUGCCUUAUUUGAAACGAAGGAAAAUCCGCCCGAUUGUUGACGAAAAGAUGUAUUGGUUGAAUAUCGAAACUAUUCCAUGGUCGCGAAUGAAUCCAUUCAAUGAUUUAGGAUUUGAGCGAAAGACACCACGAGCAAUGUGGAAAGACUGGGAUAUCGAAUUUCCUGGGGAUCUUUACUCAUUAUGGGGUUCGGUGCAUCCUUUGGAUUCUAAGUUCGACGCGAAACACCGCGGAAAACAAUACCUUGCUACCAGUGUUGUAGCGAUAGUGAUGACGCAAGCUUGCGACCUGAGUGCGUGGACCGGUAGUUUCUUGGAUGGAAUAGUGGAAUCAGGUGACAAAUACCACAAAAAAUGUUCCGACAAAGUCGGCUCAUCCCCUAACCAUGAAAUAGCCAUAGAAGAUCUGGAUACUAAAUUUGACGACAUGUUUCCAUAUUCAUUUUCCGUCAAAUUUGAGAAAGUUAUAUUUGGGUUUGUGUACAAUAUUUUACCGGACCGUUUUAAUUUGAGUAAAGCUCUAGUUUAUUUCUUUGAAAAGCACAAUCUGGGUAUACUGACAAGUCCGACGAAAAAUGUAGCCUUUGGGAAAUAUAAAGGAUCUUAUUUCAUGUUUGAUUGUCAGAGUCAUGGGGCUCCGGUAUUUUGUCCCGGGCAAGGAGCAGCAUACAUGCUAAAGUGUGAGAGUUUGAACAGGCUUAUCUAUUGCAUUACUCUAACUUUGAAUAUUAGGCGACACGGACAACAAUUCCAUUUGUUUAAUGUAAAUGUUACCUUAACGGAAAAAGCUAAAUAA